GAUCAGUUAACAACAGGCCUUGGAAAUGUCACACUGUCACUUAAACCACUCUUCCCAGUGCAGUGAAACAUGGAAAUAUGCAGUUGCUGAUCCUGAGGACGCAUGGCACAUACCUAUGACUGAGCAGGGUUUUGGGAGAAAAUAGCAGUCACAUGGGCUCACAGUGAGGACAGCAGCAGGAGGAACGUGAAGCUCUUCUCUUCUGUUAUCAGGCCUGCCACAGCAUGUCCCUGUGUCUUAUCAGCCCUGACAGAGCUGGGUUCUGACGUGCUGAGCCUCCAUUCAUCCUGCCAUAGGGUGCUAUAGGGGCCGGCCCCACUGCCUCCCAUUUGCACAUAAAGAGGUGCUGUGACACACGUCAUGACAGAUGUGAACAAGGUCUGGCGGACAGACACCGUGAAGAGAGGCAAUGCUGGACCUCAUCAUCCUCAGCAUCCAUUACUUCAUCUGCUUUCUCAUCUCCAUGGCCAUCUGGCAUGGAGCAAAGGUUUUGAGGGGAGAAGGUGGUUAAAGUGCAGAGAUGCGGAUUUGCACAGCUCAAGCACAGGAACAGCUGAAGCGGGGCCAGAUGGUCUUAUAUUUAUUGGCAAAGAAGAGGACAUAAAGAAGUCUGGAAGAAUAACAGCCAAAAUCGAUGGCAGAGAAAUUGUUGUUUUCUACCAUGAGGGGAAAUUUCAUGCUCUGGACUCUCGCUGCUACCAUGAAGGAGGUCCUUUGUGUCAAGGAGAAAUAGAGGAUAUCGAUGGCCAAGCAUGUAUUGUUUGUCCUUGGCAUAAGUUUAAAAUUACCUUGGAAACAGGAGAAGGAUUAUAUGAAGGAAUAAACCCUCUGGAGCCAUCACCAACACCACAGUGGCAAUCAAAAGGUGUCAAACAAAGGACUCAUAAGCUCACCAUAGACAAUGGAAGACUUUAUGUGUGUCCUCCAGAUUUGUCUGUGAGCUUUGACUCUGAUUAUUUUGCUGAAAAGUACAAAAUCGGUGGUGAGUUAGCCAUGGUAAAACAAAGCCACUCAGAAGCAGCAGAGUAGAUUGUGGCCAGAAAGCAGAAUUCUGGGGAAUGCACCAAUGAAGAACCAUUGUCAUGAAAUAAAAAUGUACUGUGCCACGAAGAUUAUUUCCAGAUUAAAUUCUAUUGUUAAUGUUUUAUUAAAGGAUUUAAACAUAUAGAAUUGAGUAGGACAAGAUGCCCUGCAUUGCCAGAAAUGUGACUGAUCUUGUGCUGAGGAUUUUUUUUUUCAUUUCAGAAAGUCUUAUUUUACAGCAGAGUGCCUCAUCAUAUUUGAAAUUUUAGAAGCCCUAUUUUGCUAGAACUUUUUUAAAUUUUAAGAGGGGAUAUAGUAUAUUACGGCUUAGAAAACUUAUUACAUAGUUAAAGGUAAAUAGUCAGGUGUAAAGGUUAUGUUUAUAUACUUAACAGUUUCUGCUUAUAAUGCCUUCAGUAUAAAUGACAUGGAAAUUUUAAAUUUUUUUUGGUAUUUGAUCCCUAGGUUUUAUUAAGUUCCACAAAUGGAAGUACAAAUAUGUUGAGCUUUUUUAUACCUAUUUGUGCAUUACUGCCAUGAAUCUAUAGAGGUAUUUAUUUUCCUUCUCCUCAAUGAACUCCUCUUGUUCAAAUUAUUACAUAAUGUGACAAUGACAUCGUCAAAUAAUGUGACAAGGAUUUAUUAUGUAUAACUUGUUCUUCCUGAUUCUGUUGGUUAAAGAGGAAGUUGUUGGGUAUAGUAUGUGAUGUAGUGCCCCUCAUUUGCUUGUGAUUAUUUUUUGUAAAUACAUUUUUACACAUUCAUUUGAAAAUAUGUGCUUUCUGUUUAGAGCCAAAACUUGUGAUUUCCUAUGUGUAGUCACUGUAUAACAUAACACCUGCCCCAAAAA